GAACGGCCUGGUGCUUUUAUUUUGAAGGUGAGCUGGUUUCCGGUAGCGGCCCUUGUUCUGUCGGGCUGACUGACGGCUGGAGGUGAGCCUGAGGUCGGAGGUCUGUGUCCCCAUCCUCCGGUUGGAUGCUGCUGAUCCUCAGCCCGAUGAAAGGCGCAUUCCUUCGGCCCGCAGGCUCGGGAACGGACCCCUCAGAAAGCUCCAGGUAGAUGAGCUAACCUGUCCGAAGGUCUGGGAAUCGGAGUUAUGCUUUUGGAAACAUGCUGGGAGCUCUUCCAGUGUGAAGGUCUGAUGUUUACUGGGAUCAGGCCAGUGUUUCCAGCUUAGCACCGAGCUCUCCUGCCUGCUGCCUCCGAUCAGUUAGCGAUGGACGGAGGCCCAGAAGGCCCCUGAACUGCACAACUGGUUCGCCACACCUUACGGGUGUGUCUGGCCCGGGGCCCCGGCCUGAACCGCCGGGAAAGAGUCACGCCGAGCCUUUAUCUGGACAUACUGACCUCCAAGGUUUUUAUUUUGAUUUCUUUCCCCCAAAUAAAGCCAUAAAGAAGCCAUGGCUGCUGCGGUGGGGAGAGCAUGGGGCUGGCUGCGCUCCUGGAGAGGCUCUGCCCCCCUAAAUCCCACAGCUGCGUCCCUAAAGCAGCAUGGUGGAGGGGAGGGGGGUGUCAGAGGGUGGGCAUCCUGGAUGGUGGGAGGCUGGAGGAGAGGAGGAGACCAGGCCGGUCCAGCAGAGGAGUACUGGGAGGCCCAGGAGAAGCUGGAGGAGCUGGGAUCUAAGAAGCCAGAGGCAGCUUGGUGGAGCAAAUACCUCCCAACAUCCUAUCUGUGGCCAAGAAAAGCAGAUAAAAGUGGACUGAGACAGAGGAGGGGGGGUCCACAGCUGGAUGAUGUUGAUGGAGACUAUUCUGAUUAUGGGACCCCCCCUCCCUCCCCCACUCCUUCCCGCUUCACCUCUCCGUUCCGAUUCUUUGCAAGCAGCUGGAAGUUGGAGAUUGUCCCGGAGCACUACGAGAUCUGCUUCAACUUCCUGCGCCACUUGUUUGACCUGUUUGUGGUGGCCUUCCUGUGGACCGUGUCCCCCCCUGCCAAGCUGAUCCUGGAGGUGUUGGGGGUCCAGGGAGCGCUGCGCCUCUGGUUUCAUGGCAUGGCCAUGUUUUUUGUCUCAACGGCCGGAAUGGCCGGAUUGCUGUGGUUGGUUCAGGAGUACCUCCCUCAGUUUGCCUUGAUCUACGGCAUCGUGCAGGCGCUGGUGAUCUCUGUUAGCGUACGGCAGAGCGUGCUCCUCGGCGUGGAAGAAGACGGACAAAACAUCCAGGAGGCGAAGGAGACGGAGGAGGAGAAAGACCCUGCUGAACACGAAGACAAGCUUUUCUCCAAGGAAUUGCUGAGGACAAGUUUGGCUUAAGAUGUUGCAGCAGUUCUCCAGCUGUGUGACGACUCUGCAGACGCCCGCUGCGUUUGGACCACUGGUUUAGUUCUAGUCAUAUUCCACUUUGGUGAAUGCACCUGUUUCCUUUUGUUUUGCCUUUAUAAAGUGGCCGUCAUGGAUGUGUCUAGUACCACUAUAGAUACUGGGAAACAUUUCAGACUCUCGGACUCGGUGCCUGCACUGCUGUUUAGAUUUGUUGCAUUUUCUCUCUGCACACGUUUGAUCUCCAUAGUUGUUAAAGUUCCUGUUUUGUUCUGUUUUUUUAUGUAAAACGAAUCAAUGCCGUUUUUUCCACAUAUAAUGUGACAUAUCUGUUGUGCAAUCAAAUGGAAAAUUAACAAAGCUCUUGGAAUGAAA